AUGAACACUACUCCCGACGACGAAGUCGAGAAGGAAAGCUGGUUGCAACUACAGAGGAGUCGCAACAGAGUCAACAGCCAAAGAACAAGAAAUCGAGAGCGGGAACAAAUCGAGGAUCUGAAUAACGAAAGGACAUCUCUUUCGCUUGCCAAUUCUGCGCUAAAGUAUCAGAAUCAGCACUUGCGUCAAGCGAUUCGUGACAUACGAAACCACAUGUCGAGCAUUCAAGCUGGAUUUCAGAAUGCUGCGUUGCAUCCUCCAGUGAUACCACCGGCAGUCAUGGUGCCUUCUCACAAUCCGAUAGUUCCUGCUGUUUUUCAAAGUGGUGGAACAAUGCAACCUCCAGGUAUGAUGCAACCUCCAGGAACGAUAAGAACCCCCCCAACGGUUGCAUCGCAGCUUCCAGCUUUGGAACAACAACUUAUACAGCAGAUACUUAGUCAGUUGCAAAAACCACGAUGA